GUUGUUCACAUAAAGUUUCGAGUUUUCAAACAGCUUUGGAAAAAUGGCGGCCUCCAUGACUUGGAGGAGACUUGUGUACUCUGUUUACACCCCGGCUCUCUCUGGAAUUUUCUCUAAAAUUUCGAACAGGUUUUUUAGGACACGUGACAGAAGAAGAGGGUCCUCACUGCUGCUCCUGGCACCUCUCCUGGCAGAUACAGACCCUGUGGUGUCCAGACUGCCAGGCUCCGCUGAUGGCCUCCACACUCGCUUCCACUGGAUUGCUGACCAUGUGCCAGCAUUCAGAGUUCCAGGGGGACGGAUACACGUCCUCCACUCCCCCGAUGAGUUCUAUCAGGCUAUGAAGGCACGAAUCAAGACAGCCAGAAGUCGGGUAGUGAUUGCAUCCUUGUAUCUUGGCACAGGACCACUAGAGCAAGAUCUUGUUGAUUGUAUGGAGGAGGCACUCAAACGCUCACAGGAAGAAGCUGCUGCUGAUUUAAAAGUGUCUGUACUACUUGACUACACAAGGGGAUCAAGAGGAAAGAAUAACUCUCGAACGAUGCUGUUGCCGUUGCUGCAGCGUUUUCCAGAGCAGAUGAGGGUGUCUUUGUAUCACACUCCAGACCUGCGUGGGCUGCUACGCCUCCUAGUGCCUGAACGCUUCAACGAGACUAUUGGCGUACAGCAUAUCAAAGUUUACCUGUUUGACAACAGUCUCAUCAUCAGUGGAGCUAAUCUGAGUGACUCGUACUUCACUAAUCGUCAGGAUCGUUAUGUGCUGUUAGACGAUUGCCAAGAGGUGGCUGAUUUCUUUGCGGAGUUAGUGAGAGCGGUGGGCGACGUAUCGCUGCAGCUUGCACCUGAUGACAGUGUUCACAUGAUGGAGGGAAUGGUGCACCCUUACAAAGGUAAUCGGGUAGAUUUCUCAGCUUCAGCACAGCGGCGGAUUAUGGAAGUAAUGAAUUCGGCCAGGACACGACAGCACAUGCUGGAGUUGGAUUCCAACUCAGAAGUGGAAUGUGGAGAAGAGCAUAGUGACACUUGGGUCUUCCCGCUUGUGCAGAUGAAACCUUUGGGCAUCAGGUUGGAUGAGGAGGUAACACAGAGACUGCUGAUGGAGGCAGAUGGGGACUCCACAGUCUACCUAACAUCAGGCUACUUUAACCUGACGCAGACCUACAUGAGAUUAGUACUGGGAGCUGCAGCGGAUUACCGCAUCCUCAUGGCCUCACCAGAGGUCAACGGGUUUUUUGGGGCCAAAGGGGUGGCAGGUGCCAUCCCUGAAGCUUACAUUCACCUUGCCCAUCAGUUCUAUAGCAAGGUGUGUGAACUGGGUCAACAGGAUAGGGUCCACCUGCACGAGUACCAUCGGCCUGACUGGACUUUCCAUGCCAAGGGACUGUGGUAUUACCUGGAAGGAAACAACCGUCCCUGUCUGACCCUCAUCGGCUCCCCCAAUUUUGGUUAUCGCUCUGUGCACAGAGACAUAGAGGCUCAGAUAGCCAUAGUAACAGAAAAUUAUGAACUCCAGACUCAACUGCAACAGGAGCAAGAUAUGUUGUACAAGAGGUCCACAGUGGUGUCAGGCUCCACCUUUAAGCAACCUAACCGUUAUGUGAAGUUAUGGGUGAAGCUGGUUACUCCUCUAAUUAAGAACUUCUUCUGAGAUACAGCAUGCCUGAGUGGGUAGACUUCUUACAGUCCAUACCAGGUUGGUUAAUUUCAGAUUGGGUGUGCUCACUACACUCCUGGGGAGCCUGUAAACAGGCAUAGUGUGUUCAACAGUCAAUACUGUGCUCUGUUACCAUCAAUACCUCAAAAUACCUAGACUUUAAAGAGACCAUGAAUUGCUUUUAUGUACGAGAAGAUACAAAAACAGGAAUCAGCAUUUUUGUUGUGAUUUUGUUGUUCCGUUUUACUUAGCACAUUCAAAGUUUCCGUAAAUAUAAAUGCAGACAAAGCCCAAGCUGGCAGACAGUGGGUUCUUAAGAAUCUGCAAUGUCACUGCAGUGGUUCCCCAAGCCCAAAUCCCGUCACAUACCCAAGUGUAUAGUAGUGUGGCCAGACCACAGCACAAACUUGGCCUUACAGUAUUCCAGUGCUGUCAGUCUUUAGGUGCUGCACUGUACUGCUAGUGACCUCUUUUAGCCCUCUGCCAAUAACAUCUGGAGCUGUUUUGUGCACAGUGUAUGUAUUUCAGUCAGAUAUGGCCUACAUUUAAGAUGAAGAUAUUGAGAAUAUCCAGAUCCAAAAAGCUCCCCAUUAAAGAAGGGAUAUUUACUGUCAUAAGCAAAAUAAUAAUAAAAAUAAAACCAAAACAAAACGACAAAUGAAACAGGUAAAUACUGAUGAAAUGCCUGUAUUGUUUUUAAAUGCUGUUAGACUGCCCCCUUGUGAUUGUGUUGGAAAAUUGAAAAGUAACCAUACCACACGUUUGAUAUGUUGAGAAGGCUUUUAGUCAUUAAGGCAUAAAACCAAGAAGCAAAUGAAUUUUGCUUGAAAGGGCACACAGAACUAAACAACUAAAUAGCAGAAUUAUGGAGUAAAUAACAUCACAAAAACACAUUUCUCCUCUGUGAAAGUAUGGUGCACUAGGCACUGAGAAGCAGGGAUACAGAAGCUAACACCCACUUAGUUGGUUUCUCUUUAGUUUUUAGAUUAAAGGUCCAAACGUAGGUGGGUCCACGCAUACGUGUUUUGUACACGGGACACUCGUAUACAUUCUUUGUCUCCUGGCGGUCCAUGGGAAUGGCAUUAAGGAAGAUUACUGGCAUAGCAGGCAUCAACUCCUUUAAAAGGGCAUCAGCAAUUGCACCAGACUGGACGUCCCAGCGAGCUCCUGUGGAAAUUGUUUCAAACAAAAGUUAAUGCCCAUACUGUUUCAUAUCAAAGGAACACUGAUGUCAUUUAUGACAGUGGACUGCAACCCUGAAUGUAUUAUUUACUGUGUGCUGCUUUGUAUUAAAACUCAUGAUAUAUUUGAUAAUUAGCUGAUGGCUUGAAUCAGACAAGUGGAAUGGGGAAACAGUUACAACCAUGAUGCACAGUCCAAAUUUUAGAAGAAAAAAAAAAAAGAGAGAAUGGGGUGAUCUGGAAGUGAAGAUGGGGUGCAGCCUAAGCAUUAGGGAUAUCUGGGGGACCUGGGAAAGUGGAUGGUCUAAAAAUUGAAGGUAUUCUUACAAGCCAAUGACAAGAUUUUACCAAGACCAUGUGAUUAACAAACAACUGAUGUCACCAUUUCUUUGCUGUGCAGUUGAUGUGAAUUUGUAGCAUAAUGUACAUAUUUAUUUUAGCAGCUUCUUGUCUAAGACUGCAAACUGCAGUCAUAAUCUUAA